AUGAAGCAUUCAAAGAAAACAUAUGACUCUUUCCAAGACGAACUUGAAGAUUAUAUAAAAGUGCAGAAAGCCAGAGGCUUAGAGCCAAAGACUUGUUUCAGAAAAAUGAGAGAGAACUAUUUGGAAACCUUUGGGUACAAAGAAGAGGGUGAUUCCAGACCCACAUACAGAAUGUCUAAUCAAACACUCCCAUCUGAAACCAUUCAGACUUACCCAAGGUCAUACAAUGUUCCACAAACAUUGGAAAACCGCUUACCUCAGCGGCUACCAGUUCAUGACAGCAGACUGAGAUUAGAUUCUCCAGGCUACUGUCAACUCAUGAGGGACUAUACCUCAGAAAAACCAGUACCCCUGCACCAUAGUCAGCAAGAAUAUAAUUGUGGCUCAUACAGUGGAGAAUCUGGAAUUUACGAGCACUUCUCCUCAGAAAACAGUACCAGUGCCUAUCAAGCCAGUCAUAAACAGAUACACCAGAGGAGAAAAAGACACCCUGAGGAAGGCAGAGAAAAACCAGAGGAGGAGAGGCCCAAGCAUAAGAAGAAGAAAAGUGAGGAAAUGGAUUUAGACAAACACCAGAGCAUCCGAAGAAAGAAAACAGAGGUGGAAACAGUCAGUGACAGUACCGAAAAGCUUAAGAAUCGAAAGGAGAAGAAAAGUCGAGAUAUAUCCUCUAAGAAAGAGGAACGUAAGCGUAGAAAAGAAAAAAAGGAUCAAGGCCAAGAAAGGACAGAGGAGGAAAUGCUGUGGGACCAGUCUAUCCUUGGGUUUUGA